AUGUCGCACUCGUCAGCCUCCUCGGACACGGCCUCGGACCCGUUGGACAUGCGCGGCGAGGAGGACUGGGAGGAUGCCGAGCCCGAUGUCGAGGAGAUCCGCGUCGUCAGCCUGUUCGACGACCAAGUCUUUCCGGAUGUCAAGCAGAUGAUCGAGGAUUGCAAGAAAAGGUACAGCUUCGAUUUCGUUGGCAUUCAGAAAAAGCUGGGCCUUGACUUCUUCUCGAGCAUCAAGCUGGUGAACUACAUUCGUAGCGAAGUCAAAGCCGGAAACAAGAACCCCGCCGUGUCUGACGCAUCGGCAUUCGCCGACGACAAGUACCUGCAGCCUGUGCUCGAGGACGAUGCCGUGCUCUUUUCUCUGGAUGAGCUGUCGGAUGAGACCGAGGAAGAAUCGCUGUCUGAAGAGGGACGGAGAGUGAAGGAGCUCGAGGAGCAGCUCCAGCAAUUGGCGAGCCAGUUCAGCGAAUACAGAGAAACCGUCUCUAGAACACUCGAAGAGCGCUGGAACGACAAAGACUCGAAGGCGGCCGAAGCGGGCCCCUCCGGAUCGACAAAGGCUCCCGAGGGCAAGUGGGGCAUCGAUACCGGAUACUUCGAUUCCUACUCGUACAACGACAUCCACGAGACGAUGCUCAAGGACACCAUCCGCACUGAUGCGUACAGGGACUUUGUGUACGACAACAAGCACAUCUUCGCCGGAAAGACGGUGCUGGACGUGGGCUGCGGCACGGGCAUCCUGUCCAUGUUCUGCGCAAAGGCCGGCGCUGCCCACGUCAUCGCCGUGGACAACAGCGAGAUGAUCGAGAAGGCCGUGGUCAACUGCCACGCCAACGGCUUCUCCACCGACAAGAUCACCUGCCUGCGCGGCAAGAUCGAGGAGGUCACGCUCCCCGUCGACAAGGUGGACAUCAUCAUCUCGGAAUGGAUGGGCUACUGCCUGCUCUUCGAAGCCAUGUUCGACAGCGUCAUGUGGGCCCGGGACCGCUACCUGAAGCCCGACGGGCUGAUGGUCCCGAGUCACUGCACGCUGCACAUGGCGCCUUUCUCCGACGACGACUUCAUCGCCGACAGCAUCGACUUCUGGCACGAUGUGUACGGCUUCGACAUGAGCGCAAUGAUGGAGAAGAUCCGCGACGACGUCAGGGUCAGGAGCCUGAAGACGGACAAGCUUGUCUCUCAAUCGGCCCAGUUCUUGCAGCUCCCUCUGCACACCAUCACGACCGAAGAGCUGGAGUUUGUCAAGACCUUCUCGGUCGAGGUGGACAAGGAUGCCAGCGCGCUGGACGGCUGGUGCAUCUGGUUCGACACCUUCUUCCUGCCGUCCCGCGACGCCGUGCUUCCAGCGGACGCGCGGGCCGAGACAUGGAAGGGCCCAGGAAACGCCUUCACGACGGGCCCCGGCGGCAAGCCCACGCACUGGGAAUCCGGGCUGCUGCUCGUCGAGCGCACCGGCAAGGAAGCGGAGCUGAAGAAGGGGCAGAAAAUCGCAGGCAGUGUGACGUACAAGAAGGCGGGCAAGAACACGCGCGACUUGGCCAUCGAAGUGGAGUGGGAGGUCGAGGGCGCGGCGGACGGCAAGCGGAAGCAGGCGUGGAAGCUCGACGCCUCCGCCCACCGCCCGCCUCCGGACCAUGACGACCCGGCUGUAGAGCUCGCAGCUCCAGCAUCCCGUUCCAUGCGCGCCAUCCUCCCCGGCCGUCCCAACGCAGAGCUCGCUGCUGUGACCACCGGGCUCUCGGAGGGAAGGCAGCUGAUCGCCUACAUCUCGGGCAAUGCCCUCGUGAUCCUCGACGGCCCGCGCCACAUCGUCCAGACGACCUACACCGAAGAUGAAGGGAACUUGGUGGCCGUGGUGCUGGACGAGUCGUCGGGCAAGAUCGCCGCCGCCUCCAAGACGGCCGUCUACGUCUACAAGCCGCACGGCCUGGACAUUGGCCAGCCCAAGUGGACACAACAACACACAUUGACCCUCGCCGACCCCCACGACCACAUCCGCACCCUGUCCUGGGGCAUCGCCGAGGAGCUGCUGGUUGGGAGUGCGGCCCUGACCCUGUUCUCCACACACAAUCACGAGUCCGAACGCCUCUUCACCGCGCCGCUUGCCUCUCCCGCAAAGUUCGCCCAAUUCUCCUACGAUGCCACCUUCAUCGCCACCACCUCGACCUACGACCGGCUCGUCAAGAUAUGGCACCGCCUCAGCUUCGGCAGCGUCGAGGAGCGCUUCGACGUGGCCUACCUGCCACACCCGACCACUGUCACCGGCCUGCACUGGCGCCGCCCGCGCCACCGCGAGCAGCUGAUCGAGAACGUGCUAUACACCAUCUGCGCCGACAACAAGGUGCGCGUGUGGGUGGGCGGCGAGCACCGCGGGCCCGAGAUCUUCCAGCUGUGGGCCGAGGUCGACCUGCACGAGUCCAUCAAGCCGCGCGCUCUCGACCCUGCCACACGCUCCGGCCGCCGCUACACUUUCUUCAUCGACAGUGCCGACUUCGCCGUUGCGACUGAGCGCGCCGUGCAGCAGGCGGCCGACGGCGGCGGCACCCCGGAGGAGAGCCAUGCGCUGCAGCACUUGAUCGAGGUCGCGAACCGCACCCCCGAGGUCUGCGUCGUGCUGGACGACAAGGGCAACAUGUCGGCCUGGGGCUUGGAGAGCGUCGACACAAAGGUCAAGAAGUCGAGCAACAUCUUCAACAUCGCCCACGUCGAGGGGCUCCGGCUGCAUUUUGCAAAGGACGCCUUGCCGGCUGAGGACAAUGUUCAAUUCCAUGCCUUCUGCGGCGACGCUCACGGCAGCUCCUUCACCCUGCUCAUGCACCACUUCGAUGGAAGGAUAGAGUGGAUGGAGGGCAAGAUCGAUCUGUUGUUCGACCCUUCGCCCAUCAAGUUGACGAGAUUGGAGCGCGAAACCAUCUUGACCGGACAUACUGCACCCAUCAAAAAGGUAGUGCGCACAGCGAGCGGACGUGCCUUGAUUUCCCGGACCGACAAGAACGCGGGCGUUGUGUGGAGGCAGGAGAACUCGAAGCAUUCCGGCCCUGUGCUCGCUCGGCACAGCACCGUUCAGGUCGACGAACACAUCCAUCGGACCGCCUUGCUUGCCGAGGGCGAUUUUGUCGUGUUCUUGCACCACGAAAGCAUUUCGCUAUGGGACGCGCGCACGCCAGCAGCGAAAGAGGUGGCCCGCUGCGAGUACCAGCUGCAGGGCAAGCCGCUCUGCCUGCUCCUCAUCCCCGAAGUCGAGACCGAUACUGGAUGCGUUCAUCUCGCCACCAUCUCGUCCGACAUGAAGGGAAUUGGCUGGGAGGUGAGGAUACCACCUAAAGCGACGCCUGUGAAUCCCCGCCUGCACCUACAUCGCCGCCAGUCUUCCAUCAACAUCGAAGGCAAGAUUUCCAUCACGGAAAUGUGCAGGUUUGACCUGGGCGAUGGCGGAGAUCUUGCCUACGUCAUCCCCGUCGAUCCUGCUGGAACGCGGGCUGUCAUCUCAGGCUUUUUGGACACGUUCGCUCGUGAUGUCGCAAUCUCGUACACCACCUCUGGCGUCAUCAAGUCCUGGACUGCCAGAGUGAGCGGAGACCGAAAGAAGAUUGAAUGGCUGCUCACCUCAACCGUAAGCACUGGCGUAGAGAACCCGACGCUGUGCAGUGGCACAUCGAUCCGCAAAGCAGCGCUGGUCGAUGCAGAAAAGACCGGUCUCACCAUCUGGGGCACGCGAAGCGCGCAGUUGGAGCACGAAGAGCGCUUCGAGUCUCAUGACAUCAUCCAGGACAUCGAUUGGUCUUCCUCGCCGGAUAACCAGUCCAUCCUCGCCGUCGGCUUUCCUCACAGAGUAGUCAUCUACGCACAGCUGCGCUACAACUACCUCGACCACGGACCAUCUUGGGCGGCGAUUCGAGAAGUUCGCAUUCGAGAGGUCACGCCGCAUCCGAUUGGCGAUUCGGUCUGGCUUGGCAGUGGAAAUCUGGUCAUCGGUGCUGGAAACCAGCUUUUUGUCCAAGACGAGCAUGUCGAGGUCGAUGAUGGCGUCCUUCCGGAUCUGCGCCUCGUUGAACACAGAGAAGCUCACCGGAAGAAGGCGGUGGAUCUGUUCACUCUUGUGAGCAGACUCAAUGGUCCACUGCCCGUCUACCAUCCACAGAUGCUCGCUCAGUGCGUGCUUCUUGGGAAACUGCCGCUCGUGCAGCGCAUCCUCAUCAACCUCUUCAAGGUACUCAAGUUCUACACGGAAGGCGAUCCUUUCGACACCAUGCUCGGAUUGUCGCCUGAGGAUUUCUUUGAGGAUCAAGGGGCCACUAUGAACGGUUCUGCUCGAAAGGAGCUGCAGUCAUCGUACGCAGACUUCACCGAGGAGGACGACGAGCCCGCCAGCGUGACAGAGCAAGUCGCUGUGAGCUUGAACGAGCUUCUCCAGAAAAAGUCGGUACCACAGCUGUCCAACCGUGAGCAAUUCCACCUCGCAGACAUUGUCGAGUGUGUCGGCACGGUCGAGAAGCACCGGAGAAGCGUCGAUGACAACGCCUGUCGUUUCUUGCUCUUCUUCAGGCAACACUAUCUCCGCGACAAGGGUGGCCAGCGCAGUGAUGACAAGUCUCACUUGUCUUGGCGCGAGAUCACCUGGGCAUUUCACAGCGGCAGCCAGGACAUUCUGUUGGAUCUAGUGAGCAGGCAUUUCCAGGGACGAAUGUUGUGGAAACAGGCAAAGGAGGCGGGCAUUUUCAUGUGGAUGACCGACAUCAACGCUGUGCGCGCUCAAUUCGAAGUGAUAGCCCGCAACGAGUACACCAAGUCGGAAGAAAAGAACCCAACUGACUGCAGCUUGUACUACCUCGCGCUGCGCAAGAAGGCGGUCCUCGUCGGCCUGUGGCGCAUGGCCACAUGGAGCCGCGAGCAACCUUCGACCCACCGCCUGCUCCAGAACAACUUCAGCGAAGCCCGCUGGAGGACGGCAGCGCUCAAAAACGCAUACGCGCUGAUGGGCAAACGCCGCUUCGAAUACGCCGCCGCCUUCUUCCUCCUCGCCGACCACCUCCAAGACGCCGUGGCAGUCCUCUCCAACCAAAUGAACGACACGCAGCUCGCCAUCGCCGUCGCGCGCGUCUACGAAGGCGACGACGGGCCCGUCCUCCGCAAGUUCCUCACCGAGCGCGUCCUCCCCCGCGCCGUCAUGGAGAACAACCGCUGGCUCGCGACCUGGGCCUUCUGGCACCUCGGCAAGCGCGACGUGGCCGUCCGCGCCCUCGUGACGCCGCUGUCCACACUGCUCUCGCCCCUGGACUCGGACUCCCCCAGCCUGCAGUCGCGCCUCUUCCUCACCGACGACCCCGCCCUCGUCGCCCUGUACCGCCAGCUGCGCGACCGCUCGCUGCAGACGCUGCGCGGCGCCCUCGCCGUCGCGCCCCGCGCCGAGUGGGAGUUUCUGAUCCACACCGCCCGCCUGUACGAGCGCAUGGGCUGCGACGUCCUGGCGCUGGAUCUCGUCCGCGGGUGGGAGUUUUUGCAGGCGCAGCCCGUCGUGCCGCCCUUGCCGGCGAUGGGGAUCCCCGCGACGAUGCAUUCGUCGGUGGUCAAUAAUGGCAGUGCAGGGGGUGGGGGUUUCGCCCUCCCGUCGGGCCCGCCUAGCCCGGUCGCGACGUACGACAUCGAUCCGAGGAAGUUGCUGCGUCGGCGGAGCAGUCUGGUCGUGGCGGACUUGCCGCCGACGCCCACGCCGAUGCGGUCGGCGCUGGAUGGGUUUUUUGUUGAUGGGGUUAGUGGUGGGGGGACGGCUGUUGUGGAGGAGGACGAGGAUGAGGAUGAGGAUGAUGAGGAUGAGGGAGGUGAAGGGGAGAAGAGGAAUGGGGUCAAUGGGAGUGGUGGUGGGGAUGCGGCGGCGAACGAGAAGGAGAAGGAGAAGGAGAAGGAGAAGGAGAAGAAGAAGCCGCCGCCGCCGCCGCCGACGCAGUUCCAUGAGCCGGAUGCUAAUAGUUUGUUGGAUUCGUUUGGGUUUUGA